GGCAGGGCACGUGCGGGAGGAAGUAACGCUAUCAGUCCGCGCGGCGCUCGUAUCUCCUUCAUCGUGGAGCCAUGGGAGGCCUGGAGAAGAAGAAGUAUGAACGAGGCUCUGCCACCAACUACAUCACCCGAAACAAAGCCCGAAAGAAGCUGCAGCUGAGCCUGCCCGACUUCAGGCGGCUGUGCAUCCUGAAAGGCAUUUAUCCUCAUGAACCCAAACACAAGAAAAAGGUUAACAAGGGCUCCACAGCAGCCCGGACUUUUUACCUUAUCAAAGACAUCAAGUUCCUCCUGCAUGAACCCAUUGUCAACAAGUUCCGGGAAUACAAGGUGUUUGUCCGGAAGCUCCGGAAGGCCUAUGGGAAGAGUGAGUGGAACACUGUGGAGCGUCUGAAGGACAAUAAGCCCAACUACAAGCUUGACCACAUUGUCAAGGAACGGUACCCCACGUUCAUAGACGCUCUUCGGGACCUGGAUGAUGCCCUCUCCAUGUGCUUCCUCUUCUCCACUUUCCCUCGGACUGGCAAGUGCCACGUGCAGACCAUUCAACUGUGCCGGAGGCUCACGGUGGAGUUCCUGCACUACGUCAUUGCCGCCCGGGCCCUGCGCAAGGUGUUCCUGUCCAUCAAAGGCAUUUACUACCAGGCCGAGGUGCUCGGACAGCCCAUUGUGUGGAUCACACCCUAUGCCUUCUCCCAUGAUCACCCAACAGACGUGGACUACAGGGUCAUGGCCACCUUCACCGAGUUCUACACCACCCUGCUGGGCUUUGUCAACUUCCGCCUCUACCAGUCACUCAACCUGCACUACCCACCCAAGCUCGAGGGUCAGGCCCACACGGAGGUGAAGGCCCAUGAAGACAGCUAUGCAUUGGACUCUGAGAGCUCUAUGGAGAAACUGGCAGCCCUCAGUGCCAGUCUGGCCCGUGUGGUGGUGCCUGCAGAGGAAGAGGCCGAGGUGGACGAGUUUCCUGCCGAUGGGGAGAUGGCGGCACAGGAGGAGGGCCGCAGGAAGGAGCUGGAGGCACAAGAGAAGCAGAAGAAGCUCUUUGAGGGCCUGAAGUUCUUCCUGAACCGUGAGGUACCCCGUGAGGCCCUGGCUUUCAUCAUCAGGAGUUUUGGGGGGAACGUGUCCUGGGACAAGUCUCUGUGCAUCGGGGCCACCUAUGACGUCACAGACUCCUGCAUUACCCACCAGAUUGUUGACCGGCCUGGGCAGCAGACUCCUGUCGUUGGCAGGUGCUACGUGCAGCCACAGUGGGUGUUUGACUCUGUGAAUGCCCGGCUCCUCCUCCCUGUGGCAGACUACUUCCCCGGGGUGCAGCUUCCCCCACACCUCUCACCCUUCGUGUCAGAAAAGGAAGGAGAUUAUGUCCCCCCUGAGAAGAUGAAGCUGCUGGCCCUGCAGCGAGGAGAGCACCCAGGAAAUUUAAAUGAAUCUGAAGAGGAGGAUGAGGAGGAAGACAGUGACGAUGGUAAUGAAGAAGAAGAAAACGAAGAGGAAAAAGAUGUGGACGCUGGUUCAGAAAAGGAGGAAGAGGCUCAACUGACAGCUCUGGAGGAGCAGAGGAUGGAGGGGAAGAAGCCCAGGGUGAUGGCGGGCACUGUGAAGCUGGAGGACAAGCAGCGGCUGGCCCAAGAGGAGGAGAGUGAGGCCAAGCGCCUGGCCAUUAUGAUGAUGAAAAAACGGGAGAAAUACCUCUACAACAAGAUCAUGUUUGGCAAGCGGCGAAAAAUUCGGGAGGCCAACAAACUGGCAGAGAAGCGGAAAGCCCACGAUGAGGCUGUGAGGUCUGAGAAGAAGGCCAAGAAGGCAAGGCCAGUGUGAGUGGCAGCAGCCUCUUGAUGGGCCAGGCCAGCUCCGACAGCUGGACUUGGCACAGGCAGGCCAGAGGACCCAGGCUUGGUAGUAGACCGGAGUCUCAGAGUCUCUUCUGUUUCAUUCCUCCCCUCCCCCUGCCAGCCUGGCCUCCUGUCAUGUUCUCUGGCUGGGCCCAUGGGUAGCUCCAGCCUCCCUUGAAUGGAACUCUAGCAGAGAAGAGGUAUCUAUGCCCAGCCCAGCUGGAUCUCCCAGGAGUCAGCGACAUGGGGAACAGGGCCCCCCACCAGCCCUUCACCUGCUGCUCCCGUUCACCCUGGCUUUUCCUCUCCCCCACACAUGGUUAAACCCAUGAUUCUCCUGGUGGUGUGAUGGGAGGGUGGGGAAGCAUUUGU